UAACGAGAGUGUCGUUUUAUGAAAGAUGGCCUCGUUUCAGACUCUCUCUCUCCGUGUUGUGUGCCAUGAACGAUGGGAUCAAGCGACGGUAAGCGGGCCAACACGAAGAUAUUGCUGACGUCACUCGCGGCCAUGGUGGCGGAGACGACGACGUUCCCGAUAGACCUAACGAAGACCAGGCUUCAGCUCCAUGGCGAGUCCUCGGCGGGGCGGACCAACGCUUUCCGGGUGGCCUCUGAGAUCGUGCGCGAGCAAGGCCCAGUGGGGCUCUACAAGGGCCUAUCCCCAGCUAUUCUCAGGCACCUCUUCUAUACGCCCAUCCGGAUCGUCGGCUACGAGCACCUCAGGAACGUCGUCUGCACUGAUGCUGGCUCCCUUUCGCUCUCCAGCAAGGCUCUCAUCGGCGGUUUCUCCGGAUUCAUCGCUCAGAUAGUGGCAAGCCCUGCUGAUCUUGUUAAAGUGAGGAUGCAAGCAGAUGGCCGGAUGGUGAGCCAAGGUCUCCAACCUAGAUACUCGGGGCCUUUUGAUGCUUUAAACAAGAUUGUGCGCAUGGAAGGCUUUGGAGGACUUUGGAAAGGAGUUUUCCCAAAUGUUCAAAGAGCAUUUUUGGUGAAUAUGGGGGAAUUAGCAUGCUAUGAUCAUGCAAAACGUUUUGUUAUUCAAAAUAAGAUAGCUCAAGAUAAUAUCUAUGCCCACACGUUGGCUUCUAUUAUGUCAGGUCUUUCGGCUACUGCUUUGAGUUGUCCAGCUGAUGUAGUAAAGACAAGAAUGAUGAACCAGGCAGCAGACAAGGAAGGGAAGAUUAAGUACAGCAGCUCUUAUGAUUGUCUGAUGAAGACUGUUAGAUUUGAAGGAUUAAGAGCACCAUGGAAGGGGUUCUUUCCGACAUGGGCUAGGCUUGGUCCAUGGCAAUUUGUUUUUUGGGUCUCUUAUGAGAAAUUCCGACAAAUUGCAGGGCUCUCUUCCUUCUGAUAAAUUAUUUGGCAACUUUUUACUGUUGCUACUAAUGGCAAUCUAUUUUUUCA